UCUCCACUAAUAGGGACAUCAGAAGGCCCAUUUGAUGUUCCCCUCAUACCUGAGAGAAAUCCAAAAUCAGUCUCUUAGAGGUGAGCCUGGAACCUUCAGAAAAAAGGAUCCCCUUCAGCCUGAAGUCUUACUCUGAAGACAUCUGGGCAUUUCUAAUCUCCUAAAGGACUUAGGAAUUAUGGCUCCUGUAUUUCGAAACACCACCCAGGCUUUGGUACGGCAAUUGGAUCCAACUGGGGACCUGAUUGCCACGAGCAGCAUCAUUGAUGUCUCACAUUUCCAGCCCUUCUGCUUGGUGCGGAGGAAGAGGAAGGGUACACUCUUUUGGGGAGCCCAAUAUGUCAAGACAGAUCUCUCUCUCAGAGAUAUGCUGGAGCCAGGAAUUAAGCUGCCAGCACCAAGAAAAGACACAAAGAUCACAAUUCAGGGGAACAGUGAAGGAAAUAUGCAGGCUGGAGUGAAGACAGAAGCCAUUGGAAUACCCGUAAAUAUUACUGUCUCUGCUGGUGGUUCCCAUAAAAAUUCCUUGGAGGUUCAGAAGCUCAGCAUUAUGAAAGAGCUGGAAUCCUUAAAGAAAUGGAAACUGAAAAAGCCAGAACCAUCUUUCCUGAAGAAGCUUCGGGAACGUGGAGAGAAUCUGUAUAUGGUGACGGAGGCAGUGGAGACACUGAAGGAUGCCAAGCUGCAGCAGGGGAGGAAAGCUGGAGCAGACAUUUCUAUACCUCUCCUCACAGCUAUGGGGCUCAAGGGUUCCUUUAGCUUCAAUACCAUCAUCCAUGUCUCUCUGGGUUCCAUCCUAGCCUUCCGACUUAGGCAGCUUGUCAUUGGAGAGAAAAAUUGGGACAUCUCCUAUCUCAAAGAUAAAAAGCUGAAAACUUUCACCUCUUCUGAAGACUCUAUCUAG